AUGUCUCCUUCUACUGAUCGCAAGCGCGCUGUGCGCAUCGCAGGAUGCUCUGGUGGCUUCACGGACCGUUCCACUGCCAUCACACGCGAUUGGUUGUCCGAGAUGACCAUGACGGUGCACGGCAGUGGAAAAGUGAAGCAGAAGCCUACGAAGAACCAAAAAGGCACAAUGAGUCUGGAAGAACGGAAGAAGAACGCCAUGUACGCCGACACUUUCAUCCAGUGCUUCGAUCCGGCAAUACCAAACCUGGUCAAGAACAAGACGAAGCUCGCCGUGAAUGCCGGCGCUUCAGACACUGAACUUCUCGCCGAAGUUGUAGUGGACAUGUUGGAGAAGCAGGGCGCUGGUCAUCUCAAAGUGGCAUGGAUAGAAGGCGAUGAUGUGACGGGACAGGUCAACAGUUUGAUCAAGAAGGGGGAGAAGUUUGAAAGCUUAAUGCAUGGCAAGAAGCUCGAGGAGUGGGGGAUGGAACCAGUAUGCGCGCAGGCGUAUUUGGGUGGACUCUGCAUAGCAGAAGCCUUCCGAGAAGGUGCGGAUAUAGUGCUCGCUGGAAGAGUUGCUGAUGCUGCGCCAGUCAUUGGUGCUGCAGCGUGGUGGCAUGACUGGAAGAACGAUCAAUUCGAUGAACUCGCCGGAGCACUCAUCGCAGGCCAUCUAGUCGAAUGCUCAGCCUACGUCACAGGAGGAUACUACUCAAUGUUUAAAGAUCUCAUGAAGACCGGCAAGCACAUCAAUAUGGGUUUUCCUAUUGCAGAAGUUGAAUACGACGGCAGCUUCAACAUUGCGAAGGAGAAGGACACCGGAGGUUGCGUUACUGUCGGCACAUGCACUUCGCAGCUGCUGUAUGAGAUCCAGGGACCACUAUACUACAACUGCGAUGUUACGGCUGAUAUUACAGACGUCAAGAUGGAGCAAGUAGGCGAGGAUCUCGUGCGUGUUACAGGAGUCAAAGGGCUCCCUCCACCACCCACGACUAAGGUCGGUAUUACUGCUCCAGCGGGUUGGCAAUGCGAGUGGCACAUGUUUGUAUGCGGGCUCGAUAUCGAGGAGAAGUGCAAGAUCACUGAAGAUCAAAUCCGAUACGCUAUGGGUGACAACGUAAAUCGCUUCAAAACGCUCAGAUUCCAUCAAAACGGCUCAUCACCAAUCGACGCGCGCAACCAAGACGUAGCAACAGUCGACUUCCGGAUUUUUGCUCAAACCUCCGAUCCCGAGUUAGUACGUCCAGACAUCCCAAAUGGAUUCAACCGCUGGUGCCUUGAAGUCUUCCUCCAAUCAGCCCCUGGCCUCUCACUAUCAAACGACUUACGGCAGAUUGUACCGAAGCCGUACUACGAUUACUGGGUCUCACUUCUCCCUCAAGAACAAUUACCGCUACGUGUUCAUACCAUGUACGGCGAUAAGACGGUCACCAAUCUCAGCCCACCCAAGAUCACUAAAGAGUAUCCCCGGCAACAAAACUCAUACGAGACGUCUUCGCCAGUCGAUCUUUCUUCUUUUGGCGAGACGGUUCGCGCGCCGUUGGGUUAUAUUGUCGCCGGUCGAUCUGGAGAUAAAGCAUCAGAUUGCAACUGCGGCUUCUUCGUACGUCAUGACGAUGAGUGGGAUUGGUUGCGGUCUUUCAUGACAAUUGAGCGCGUUAAACAACUUCUUGGGAAGGAUGAGUAUAGCGGGAAACCAAUUGAUCGCUUUGAGAUUGCAGGGAUUCGUUCGGUGCAUUUCUUGUUGCAUGAUCAUUUGAGGGAUGGGGGGUACAAUACAUGUUCUUCAUAUGAUACUUUGGGGAAGAAUGCUAUGGAGUAUAUGCGUGCGAAGACUGUGGACUUGCCGAAGAAGUUCUUGGAUCGUGGUCGUAUCUAA